CUUUAUAAAUGAGAAAGGCAUUAAGGGGCGUCUGCAAGAUGAGGUAAACAACUAUCACAUGAAAGCACCAUUUUCUUCUGGGCCUUGCGGGCUUCAGAUCUGAAACAUAAACGUGAAAGUGCAUUUAAAAUGCUAGUAAACGAUGACUUGUUACGCUUGCCGCCUCUGGCUCUUGGUAGUGGCAAGUUUCUUCCUUCCCCCUCCCUUCCUUUCUGUCUGCAGGUGGAGUGUGUGUGUGGUGCUGACGGGCAGGUGUGGCCAAUACAAUCAGCAGGGGAUACUGUGCGAGGCGGUGGGAGAAAUCAGGCCUGCUAUGGAAAGCCCUUUGAGCAUUUAUUCCAUAUCCUUGAUAUCAGACAUUAGUUUUCUUCACUAGUUCGGUCUUUGUCAACACUAGUUGGACAUUCAGCCACACUAGUUACACACUUUGCCGUACUAGUUGCACAAAAGCACUGACUAGUCACUCAUUUUCAGCAACUAGUGGCACUACUAUUGUUCAACUAGUGCCAACAGAAGUCUAACUAGUGACACCUAGAACCACACUAGUAGUGCCAAACUCACAACUAGUCAGCUUUUUGAUGCCCUAGUGGCCCACUGGACUAAACUAGUAAUGUUCAAAGUCGUACUAAUUAACUAGUAAGAUGCAAAAGCUUUAACAUGUUAACUAGUACAACAGUGGCCUAUAAUUUCCUGCACUAGUUAACUAGUGAGAGCUGAAACACCCACUGAAGGUCAAAAUACUGACUAGCUAACUAGUGAAACCCUCUUGAAGUCCAAAUACUUAACUAGUGAGGCUCAAAACUUGUACUAGUUAACUAGUGAUGCCUCAAAUAUCCACUAGUUAACUAAUGAGACAUUUGGACUUAACUAGUUCAACUAGUGAGGUCCAAAAUGUUCACUAGUAGAACUAGUGGAUAUUUGAGGCAUCACUAGUUAACUAGUUAAAAGGUCUUUUGAGUUAACUGGUGAUGCCCAAAUGUUUACUAGUAGAACUAGUGAAACCUAAAUUGCCCACUAGUUACACUAGUUGCUCCAAAUGCUAAUCAGGAGGCAGGAAAGUGCCAUAAGCGAACACCUUCUAUUGGAUCUCCGGUAAGAGUUCCACCCAGUAAAAAUUUAACCCUGUAAAGUCUGAUUCUGAGCUUCCACUAUUGUUCACUGCCCCUUGCUUAAAAUACAUGCAGAUUAAAGCCAUUUUUCCUCUUGUAACAGUUCACUAAUUGAUUUUUCUUUUUUUUUUUUCCUUGUUGCUUUUCAAAUUCUGAAACCCAAAGCCACAUACUGAUUUGCUUUGGUGAGCUUGAAAGUUUGAAAUAAGUUAAAGCUAAUGUUCGUAACUUUAUAUUGUUUAUGUUUUACUCGAUCGCUCACUGUGUGCUUCUGAAUUCUUGCUUUGUCCUCGAAUAUCAGAACUGUUUGAUCAGAUGCUGCUUUCGUUUGAAAAGGUUUCUGUUUUAUUACCUGACAGGCAGAAGAAGAGCUCGCCUGUGUUUAGGUUCUGAGUAAAGCAACUGACAUGAAAUGUUCUAUCAUUAAUUACUGUUGAUGUUCAAUCCAUACAGAAGUCCUGGUGAUCACAUUAAAGUGUAGUGAUGAUUGUGUAUCUGUCAGACUAUAAACCUCUGGAUAUUGGAGGACAAACAUGAAGUAUGUAUGUAGAAUGUAGAAUAAUGUAUUUUAGUAAUGUUAAUAAUAAAACCGUAAACCCAUCCUUCCUUGUUAAUAAGGUCUAUUAAGCUAAAACACAUGUGGUCCUGUAAAACAGUCCUGAAAUUUGAGUAUUCCGUCUUCAAAUUUAAUAUUUGGAUACCACCACAACAAUCGAAUAUUCAGAUAUUUGGGUCCAGCCCUAAAAAACAGAAUGUAAUUCAAAAUAAAAGUCCAUUAAAACAUAUUAAUAAUGCACAGUAAUAAUGCAGAUCUGUCACAAUCAUACAGUCAUGCAGUCUAUGGAGCUCUGAAAGGAUAAAAGACGAACAUAAAGUGAGCGAUGCAGCCUUGAUCUGGUGCGUGCUCUCCUGCCGACAGUGAUGAGUUUGUAGCAGACACCACUUGUGCAAUAUCUUUAUAUUUGGAGCCCAUUUCAAAAUAAAAAUGAGUAGUGUGUGAGUGAGCUCCAUUAUUGUUUUUUCCAUAGCGACAAAAUGACCCAGAAGUUCAUUGACCUAAAACUCGCAAAACUUCUUUAUUGCUUUUAAAUAUAUUGCAUUAUAAAUAUUUUUUGAAUAUGCCACACUGUUUGUACAUCACAUUUCCAUAAUUAAAAAAAAAAAAAAAAACAGAAAAAGAAAGACAAUGUUUUUAUGAGAUUGCAAAAGAUAUACUAUUUUUUUUCCUCUCCAUGUCCUUCCAGGGCUCUGUAGAAGCAUGAGAUAAUAUUUUAAUAUUUUAUUAAAACCAGAGGCCACUGAAAAUAAAUUAAUUAAUAGUGACACCUAUAAAAAAUAAAAUGUGCUCCAUGAUCCAGUGUCUGGUGCUGACGAACUAUUGUGUCUUACCUUAAUUCAAUUAAUUUAGGUUUAAUUUAGUUGUACUAGGACUACCAGUGUCAUUAGUGCUACUACUGAUGUUUAGAUUAAUUUUCUUCACUAGUACACUAGUUGGACUUUAUUUUCACUGCACUAGUUAACUAGUAAGCUCAAAAACACCCACUAGUUCACUAGUGGAGUCGAAAAGACCUGAACUAGUGUCAAAUUUCUACACUAGUUCACUACUUGGACUAUUUACACUCUACUAGUUAAUUAGUGAACUUGUACUGCUCCUUGCAUUACAUGCUAAUGAGGAGGAGGAGGAGGAAAUCGUGUAAUGGUUUCCUAUUGGCUGCCCAUUUCAUUUUCUAAAACAAACAUGGUAGACAGCGUCUUGAGGUGUAUCAGAUAAAGGUGCAGAGCAUCUGUACUGCUCUAUCUGUAGUGUAAAUUCUGUCGCUCUUUCAAGUUCUGUAGUCUCGAAUCUUAAGUUUCUUGUUGCCAUAACCACCUCAAACGAGGGACGAGAGAUCAGUUUUAUGCAUUUUAUUGACAAAUAUCAUCACAAGGACGACCAACGGGAAAGGCGGAGGAGGAAACUUUCAGAGGUGACAGAAGGUUUGUUUUGGAAUACUACUGUUACUUUGACAGAAAAUGUAGUUUUCAGAUUAUUUUAGGUGAGAAAGUAGUUGUGUAAACGUCAAAUAUGUGGUCAAUUUAUCCAGAUAAAGUCAGAUUAAAUAUUUGCUCCAACGGUUUCGGAGAUGUGAGGAUCCAGGAUAGACGGCUAUGAGCGGACGGUCAGCGCUCACUGUAGCCGCCGAGAGCAGCCUUAUGUUGGCAAUACUUUUUGAAAUCUGUCACUGGCUCUGAUGGUUCUAUAGUGGUUAAAUGGGGAUAUAAGAUAAGAUAAGAUAAGACAAGACAAGAUAAGAUAAUCUUUUAUUACUCCCCAUGUCAGGGGAAAUUUACCAUGUUACAGCAUACAGUGAGCAACAAUAAACAACACUAUAGUUAUAAUCAUAAUAAUAUUUACAAAAUGCACAAGAGUGAAGGGUGGAAAAAGUGGCUUGUGGAAUGAUGUGAAGUGCAAGAAAAUUCAAAUAGUGCAAGAACUGUGACGAUUAUGUGAUAAAGGAUGAUGUGAUAAAGUCCAGUAAGUAGUGUUACAUUUAUCUAAUGGUCACACUUUGGACUCAUGGUGUAUUUUUUUUAUUGUUCAGAGAAAAAUGGAAUAGAAAGAAGUUAAAAUUAAUAUUCAUAACAUAAUAUUGUUAAUGUUUUACUCAAUUGCUGACUGUGUGCUUCUGCAUUAUUGUUUUGUCUUCAGAUUCCGAUUCAGAUUCAUUUAUUAAUGGCCACACAUCAAAGUUGGUGGAAUUUGUUUCCGGUACAGCAUUUCAUGCUCACAUCUACCGUGUCAUUAAAUAAUACAAUGAACAAUACAAUAAGAAUACAAAUACAUGACAAAAACAAACAAACAAAGCACAACAGGUCCCAUCAGGGCAUUGAUUUGUUUAGUGUGAUUUGUUGUGCUAUGGGGAAAAAAAACUGUUUUUGAAUCUGACUGUUUUGGCUGGCAAGGGCCUGUAGCGCCUCCCAGAGAACAUGAGUGUGAACAGGUGGUGAGCAGGGUGUAUAUGGUCUGAAGUAAUUUUUCUAGCCCGCUGUGUGGUGCGUCUUUGAUACAGAGUGUCUAUGGAUGGGAGUGUGUGUUCAGUGAUUUUGGAUGAUUUGUUGAUGAUACGUUGGAGUUUUGUGCGGGAGUGACUGUCCAAAUUUCCAUGCCAGACUAAUAUUGAUAAAGUGAGAAUACUUUCAGUGAUGGCUGUGUAGAAUGUUGUGUCUGACUCUGAACUUUCUGAGCUGUCUGAGGAAAAACAGUCUUUUAUUGGCUUUUUUGUAGAUUUCAUCUGCGUGUUGCUUCCAUUUGAGGGUGUUUUGUGUGUCCCAAGGAAUUUAAAUGAGCCUGUGAUGGUUAUGUCUUUAGUGAGAUGGGUGAAAUGGGUGUUUUGAAUGAAGGUGAGUGCGUAAAGUCAACAAUGAGUUCCUUUGUUUUUGAUGUGUUAAGCUGAAGGUUAUUGUUGUGACACCAAGUGACUACUUGGGUGAUCUGCUCACGAUAGUGGUUUUCAUUAUUGUCAGUGAUGAGUCCAAUUAUUGUUGUGUCGUCUGCAUAUUUGAGUAUGGAUACUGAACUAUGUGUAGAUGUAAGCGUGUUUGUGUAGAGGGAAAACAACCAGGGCGAAAGGACACAUCCCUUGGGGGCACCGGUGCUCAGAGGCUGGGAUGAGAGGCCACUCAUCCUGACAAUCUGUGUCCUUUCUGUCAGAAAGCUCCUGGUCCAGUAGCACAAGGAAAUGCCAAUGUCUAAGUCCAUAAGUUUAUUGAAGAGUUUGUGUGGAUCAAUGGUGUUGAAAGCAGAGCUGAAAUCAAUGAACAGUACACGGGCAUAGGUGUGGGGGGUCUCAAGAUGGUGGAGUAUCUUGUGAAGAGCCAGGUUAACUGCAUCUUCCACAGACCUGUUAGCCCGGUAUGCAAACUGAUAUCUUGUCCAUGGUGAAUUGUUUCAGAUGGAAUAGUAUAAUGCAUUCAAAUGAUUUCAUGAUAACAGAUGUGAGAGCGAUGGGUCUGUAGUGGUUGAGGCAGGAUAUUUUGUUGUUUUUUGGGACCGGAGUGAUGACAGAGUCCUUAAAGCUUUUGGGUACCAUGCACUGACUGAGGGAGCUAUUGAAGAUGAUGGUGUAUAUUGGGGCUAGCUGGUAUGCACAGUGUUUCAGGACUGUUGGGCUGACACCGUCUGGGCCAGCCGCUUUCCCCCUCUUUGAUUUAAGAAAGUAGGUUCUCACCUGUUCCUCCUGGAUGUAAAAAGGAGGAGAUGGAGGGAGAUAGGUGGAAAUAGGUGGCUUCUCAAACCUCCCAUAGAAGGUGUUCAACUUGUCUGGGAGGUCUUCCUCCACGUCAAGUGUGGGAGCAGUGUUGUUGUUGCAACCAGUCAUUGCUUUCAAUUUCCUCCAAAUGGCCCUGGUGUCAUUAGUGGCUAUCUGCUGUUCUAGCCUGUGUGUAUACUGUGAUUUAGCUUUUCUGAUAGCAGCUCUUAGUUCAUAUUUAGCCGCCCUAUAUUGCUCCAUGUUACCCUCAGUGAACGCACUGCACUUUUUCUGACGGAUAAUUUUAAUGUCCUUAGAUAACCACGGCUUGUUGUUGCUGUGGAUCUUUACAGUUUUUGUGGGGAUACACAUUUCCACGCAAAAGUUGAGGUAUGACGUCACUGUGUCCGUCAGCUCAUCCAGAGUAGCCGCAGCUGCGGUAAACACGUCCCAAUCAGUGCUUUCAAAACAGCCUCUCAGUGUGUCGAUGACAGCGCUAGACCAGCACUUCACAACUUUUGUUUUUGCACGAUUGGAUUUUAAUUUUUGUCUGUAUUUUGGGACGACCAGCAGCGUGGCAUGAUCUGACCUGCCCAGCGGAGCCCUCGGGAAAGACCGGUAAGCUUCGCUAAUGGGGAUGUAGCAGUGGUCGAGGAUGUUAGCGCCUCUGCUUGGGCAGGUAACUUAUUGAAUGUAGUUGGGAAGAUCUGCUGUCAAAAUGGCGUGAUUGAAGUCGCCUAAUACAAUAACAGCUGCAUCCGGGUUCGAGUUUUCCACCAAGGAUAUAUAAGUUGCCAGUUCCGAAGUGGCUACGUUGGCAUUAGCCGAUGGUGGGAUGUAAACUCCAAUCAAAACAACGGAGGCAAACUCUCUGAGAAGAUAGUAUGGCUGGCACUUGAUGCAGAUGUAUUCCAGGUAAGGACUGCAAAAAGUGUUGAGCCUUGUUAUGUUGUUACACCAUCUCUGGUUGAUCAUGAAACAGAUACCCCCACCUUUGGUCUUCAUGGAUAGCUUCACUGACCUGUCAGCCCGGUGUAGAGAGAAGCCAGGUGGGGUUACGGCUUGGUCAGGAACAGUGUGAUCCAGCCAGGUCUCUGUUAGGCAGAUGGCUAGGGAUGGGAAUCGAGAACCGGUUCUUUUUGAGAACCGGCUCCCAGUAAUUCGAUUCCUAAGAAUCGUUUGUUUACUUGCGUGACGAUUCCGCUUAUCGAUUCCUCGUACGUCGCAAAAACGUCAUGACGUCACACGCAGGUUGUGGACUUUUCCAACAUGGCGCCCCGGCAGAAGCACUCAAAAAUGUGGCUAUAUUUCACCCGUAAAGACGACACCAGGGCUACUUGCAACACUUGCAAUGCUUCGAUUUCGACAAAGGGCGGAAAUACUUCAAAUAUGCUUAAACAUCUGUCCACCCAGCAUGUAAUUAGUUUGCGGAAAUGUACCGCGUUUGAUACUCUACUUAGUGCAAGUGAGCCUCUUCCAGGUAAAAGCAGGAGCGGAGCUAACGUCUCGGCGUCGUCUGCUUUACAUGUCGAAGGUAACGAUAAACUCCUCCAGGUCCUGUACAUUGUGUUUUCGCUAGCGCAGUUAACCUCAUUUCACCAUAUGAAUAUUGCCUAACUCCUGGAAUUAUAUUUUAGAUGACGAUGAUGAUGGCCUGAGCCAUGCUGGCUCAGAUGCUGGCUCUCAGUCUGGCUCGGAGGUUGUAGCGAGUAGCUCUCGUGCACCUUUAGCAGCCCCUUUCAUCGAGGCAGGGAGGACUAAAAUGACAGAGGCGAGGAUAAACGAAUGUCACCGAGUGGUGACCAGAUUUGUGGUGAAGGGUUUACACCCUUUUGCCACAGUAGAUGCCCCAGAAUUUCGGUAGGUUAAUUUGUUGCAUGUUUUCUGUUAUCUGCUCAUAUGAAAUACAACACUGUCAAAGUUGUAAAUUGUUUUAACCGGUGUAGUUAUGUAUCAUUAUUCCCGUGUUUUCUGUAGGGAGAUGAUAAAGACUCUCAACUCAAAAUACCAUGUCCCUAACAGAGACAGUUUAACAAACCAUCUGAUUCCUGCUUGGUAUGGGGUUGAGAAAAGCAAUGUGAUCUCAGACCUGAAACAUGUCACAAAAGCAGCUAUCACAGCUGAUGGCUGGACCAGUUUCAGUCAAGAUCAUUACCUCACUGUAACGUUACACUAUGUCAGGGAGGGUCAGAAUAAAGAAAAGGUCCUCAAAACCAAAGCAGUGUAUGAGUCUCAGACAGGGGCAGCUGUGGCAGAGGAGAUAGAGGGGAUCCUGGAGGAAUUUGGAGUAAAAGAGAAGGUAGUGGCAGCUAAGUGGAUAAUGCAGCAAACAUGGAUGUAGCUGUGAAAAAGCUGGGCAUUAUCAAGUUUCCAUGUUUUGCGCACACACUUAACCUGGGAGCUCAGAAGCUGUACAACUGCAGCACAAUUUCCAACUGGGCGGCGAGGAUUCGUUCUGUGGUCAUAUGGAUGAAGAGAUCCCAUAUGGCUAAAGUAGUCCUCAAAGAGAAGCAACAACUCCUCGGUAAGAAAACAUUUUAAGUAAAUCAGUCUGUCAACAUUUACAUUUUAACAUGUAAAUGAAAAGAUUAGUAUUAAUCUAAAAUGAUAAAUUGAUGAAAAUGUAAUAUUGUUUAUACUAAUCCCUUCAUGUUUUUGUCCAUUCAGGGCUACCCCAGCACAUGCUUCUCUUAGAUGUGAAGACGAGAUGGAACUCCCUGUUUUUGAUGAUUGAGCGUUUCUGUGAGCAGUUUUCAGCAAUCCAAGCUGCAGCUAUAGACCCACGUCUAAUUAAGCCCAUGGAGAAAGACAAGCUGGCCAGAAUUGGCAAUGAGGACCUAAGGAAGGCAGAGGAGUUUGUGCUGCUGAUGCGGAUGCAUUAUACAUCCACACUUGCAGUCUCCAGUGAAAAAAGUCCAACCUGUGGCCAGGUACUGCCCUUCCUUCAGAAGCUACGCAAACAUUACACCGUGCAGGUAGAUGACUCUGCAUUCACCAGGAGCAUCAAGGAGAACAUUUGGAAUGAUCUUUCCAAACGUUACCAGGAUGCUGAUAUUCAGGCAUUCCUGGAAGAAGCCACUGCGUUAGAUCCCAGAUUCAAAUCCAAAGUGGACAACGAUGAAAUCUGGGACAGAGUCAGGGCAACAGCAGUGACAGCAAACACACCAGCAGCUGCAGCAGAAGAGCUGUCACAGUGUGGAGAGACACAGAGGCAGGUAGAAGAAGAGGAAGACGAAGAAGAUGACUAUACCCCACCCAUAAAGCAGCAAAAGAAGACAGCCCCUAGAAGAACUUUUUGAAGAAGAGGACAGUGAGCUUUUGUCUGUGCAGCAGCAGCCCCCUGUCUCCAUAGCCCAAAGAGUUGAUCAAGAAGUCCAACUAUACAGAACCCUUCCUCCCAUCCCAACCAAAGACAGCGCCACCCUCUGGUGGUGGAUGAAGAGGGACACUUUGCCAAUGGUGUCAGCUUUAGCUGAGAAGUAUCUCUGCAUCCAAGCCUCCUCCACACCAUCUGAAAGGGUGUUCUCCACAGCUGGAGACACCCUAAGUCCAGAACGAUCUCGUAUCCUUCCUGAGAAGGCAAACAUGCUAAUUUUUGUGCACAAAAAUUGUUAAUAUAGCAAAGUUUAUAAGCAUAUCUGCUGUAUCUUCUGUACAAAGUUGACAAUAUUAAAGAGUCAAAGCAAACAAACCCAUCUGUAUUUUUUCAUGCCCUCACCCAAUGAGAAUCGAUAAGAGAAUCGAUAAGGAAUCGGAUCGAUAAGCAGUAUCGAUAAUGGAAUCGGAAUCGCUAAAUUCUUAUCAAUUCCCAUCCCUACAGAUGGCAGAGCAGUCUCUGCAGUCCUUGUGGGUUUGAAGCAGGAGGAACAGGUCAUUGAUUUUGUUUUUUAUUGAUCUGACGUUAGUAAGAAGCAGGGCUGGAAGUGGUGGCCGAUGUGGGCAUUUUCUGAACCUGCAGAGUACACCGGCACGACGUUGUUUACCGGCCGGCCCGGCGUCCCAGGGCUGUUUCGUUGGGUUCGAACAACUUUGUUCUAUUCUUAUGACUAUUACUGUGCAUUAGAAAUAACAUUUAAGCAAUAUUUUAUUCCACGGACAUCUGAAGAAACCCAGAUCCUCACUGACUGCUGGGAAACUCCACAGACAGAACAUCAGCAGCUCCAUCUUCAGCAUCUGGACCAGCAGGAUGCUGUUCAUGGAAACUGAAGGAGAUGAAAUGCUUAAAUAUAUUUAAGUAUUUUGCAAUGAAACAUUUUUCAAUUGUUUUCAAAAAAUGAAUUGAAUUGUUGAAGCCAGAAGUAAAUGUUCCUCUAAUAUCAGACCAGUUUGAGCAUUUCCGGAACCUGCGCCUGUGAAAGUGGCUGCAAAGUUUGGUGUCUCUUAACUGUUUUCAGUUUUUGCUGUAUUUUUGCUGUAUUUUUGCUAUAUUUUUUUAAUAUUUUGUUGUGUUUUAUCGACUGCUGAUGGAGGUUUCUGCUGGGAGAAGAAUCUAUUCAAGAGAGGAGCUUUUUUCAUUGAGACAGAACAAAUCUGGACUGCAACAUCCAAUUCCAGUGGACAUCUUGAGGUGUUUUCAUGGUUGUCGUGCUGGUGCAAAGGUGAAGGCUAGGAAAUGGAGAUACAAGCCCUUUCUUCCAUCAGUCAUCAUGGGAAACGUGAACUCUUUGCCAAACAAAAGUGACGAGCUGGAGACAUUGGUGAAGACGGACAAAACAUACCGUGAAUGCAGUCUCCUGUGUUUUACUGAGACCUGGUUGAAUUAUAACAACUCAGACUCAACUGUGGAUCUACCUGGCUUCACCCUCAUAAAGUCAGACAGAGAUGCUAAAGCUAGUGGCAAGAAGAAAGGAGGAGGUCUGGUUUUAUUUGUUAACCAGAGAUGGUGUAACUCCUCGCACAUAACGGUUAAGGAGAAGUUGUGUUGUCCAGGUAUUGAACUGUUGGCAUUUGCCCUUCGUCCAUGCUAUGUUCCAAGGGAGUUCAGUCACAUCAUAACAAUACUUGUAUGCAUUCCACCCAAAGCAACUGACUUGGUUCCAUGUGAUGUGUUGCAUGAUACUGUUGCUAGGAUACAGACUCAACAUCCUGAGGCACUUGUAAUAAUAUCAGGAGAUUUCAAUCAUGUCAGCCUCUCCUCUCACCUGACUGGAUUUACACAGUUUGUUAACUGCCCUACCAGAGAGAAUAAAACCCUAGACCUGCUGUAUGCCAAUGUCAAAGAAGCUUACAGAGCUACUGCCUUACCACCACUGGGCAGGUCAGAUCAUUACCUGGUUUAUCUGCAGACCUGUUACAAACCUUGUGUGCUGAGACAGUCUGCAACUAAAGUCCAAAUCAGAAGAUGGACUCUUCAAGCUAGUGAAGCUCUAAGGGACUGCUUUGAAUCAACAGACUGGAAUGUGCUCCUGGAAACAGAUGAGGACAGUAUGAACACUGACAGACAGGUUGAUUGUUUUACUGAAUACAUCAACUUCUGUAGAGACACAGUCAUACCUGCAAAGACUGUUCGCUGUUUCCCCAAUAACAAACCAUGGAUCACAAGCGACAUAAAGGCAAUCCUCAACCAGAAAAAACAAGCUUUUAGAGAUGGUGACAAAGAACGGCUCAAAGAAGUGCAACAUGAGUUGAAGAGGAGACUGAAAGUGGCAAAGAUGGAAUACAAAAAGAAGAUAGAGAGGAAUUUUCAACACAGUAACAUCCGUGAUGUGUGGAGAGGAAUCAGUACCAUCUCUGGACACAACGAUAAAAAGAGGAGGGAGCCAAUAGUGGGUGAUGUAGAAAGAGCUGACGAACUCAACUUGUUCUUCAACAGAUUUGACACUGUGGACACACCUACUUCCACUGCUACUCCUCCUUCUUCUCCUCAACAUGUGGAAAUCCCCACUAUAGCCCUUCUUCUCCUCCAUCUCCUACACGUCUCCACAGAUGAAACCACUUCCGUUCCAGCACCUGUAUCCGUCUCUGUCACAGAGACAGGGGUGAUGUUGGAGCUUCAGAGACUUUGCUCUGGGAAGGCAGCUGGCCCAGAUGGUGUAUGUCCAAGACUCCUUAAAGACUGUUCUGCACAACUGUGUCAACCUCUCCACAGGAUCUUCAACCUGAGUCUACAGCUGGGGCGGGUGCCUGCUCUAUGGAAAACAUCCUGUAUGUCGUACCGGUACCAAAAAUCAAAUGUCUGGCUGAACUAAAUGACUACAGACCUGUUGCUCUGACCUCACACAUCAUGAAAACUCUGGAGCGGCUGGUUUUAUGUCUACUGAGGCUUGAGGUCAAAAGACAAACUCGAUUCCUUGCAGUUUGCAUACAAAGAACACAUUGGAGUGGAUGUCAUCCUCUUCAUGCUUCACCGUGCCCUGUCUCAUCUGGAGGAACCUGGAGUUUAUGUGAGAGUCAUGUUCUUUGAUUUUUCAAAUGCAUUAAACUCUGUCCAACCCACCAUCCUCAAAGACAAGCUCAAAAAGAUGGGAGUGGAUCGUUCCUGUGUUUCAUGGAUCAUAGAUUACCUGACAGGAAGGCCGCAGUUUGUGUUUCUGGGACAUUAAUGAGUUGCACUGGGGCUCCACAAGGAACAGUCCUGGCUCCAUUCCUGUUCACUCUGUAUACAUCUGACUUCAAAUACAACACUGAGUCCUGCCACAUUCAGAAAUACUCUGAUGACACUGCUAGCAUGGCAUGUAUCAGAAAUGGACAUGAAGCUGAAUAGAGAGAUCUGAUAAAUGCCUUCAGUGACUGGAGUCACAAAAACUGCCUGCUACUCAACGCCUCAAAGACAAAGGAAAUGAUCAUCGAUUUCCGCAGAUCCAAACCCCCUCUUCUUCCAGUGAACACUUGUGGCGUGGACAUCGAGAUGGUGACAUCAUAUAAAUAUUUAGGUGUCCACCUUGAUAAUAAGUUGGACUGGUCUACAAACGUAGACUUCAUCUACAAAAAGGGCCAGAGCCGACUUUAUUGCCUCAGAAGACUUCGAUCACUAGACAUCUGCAGUAAGAUGCUGCAGAUGUUUUAUCAGUCUGUGGUAGCCAGUGUCCUGUUUUAUGCUGCAGUCUGCUGGGGAGGCAGUAUAAAACAGAAGGAUGCAAGGCGUCUGAACAAACUGAUUAAAAAAGCUGGCUCUGUGGUUGGAAUCAGAUUGAACACAUUGGAGGAUGAGGUGGUGAGACGGGCACUGAGCAAGAUGGAGGCCAUUCUGACCAACAUGGAUCAUCCACUUCACAUCUGCCUCAAUGAACAACAAAACAUCAGUGGACGGCUCCUAUCCCUUCGCUGCAAGACCGAAAGAUAUAGGAAAUCUUUCUUGCCAUCAGCAGUCAGGCUAUUCAAUUCAAAAUUAAACCGAUAAGAACUCUGACAACUGAAUUUCCCUUCGGGGAUGAAUAAAGUGAUUCUGAUUCUGAUCAGACACUGCUGAUGUUUGAGAAGGUUUCUGUUUUAUUACCUGACAGGUAGAAGAAGAGCUCACCUGUAGGAGGUCACCUGUAUUCAGAUUCUGAGUGCAGUAGUUGACAUGAAAUAUUCCCUCAUUAAUCAGUGAUAAUGUUUAGCAUACAGAAGUCCUGGGGAUCACAUUAAAGUGUAGUAAUGUUUGUGUAUAUGUGAGACUAUAAACCUCUGGAUGUUGGGGGACAAACAUCAGGUACGUAUAGUGGGUAUAAAAAGU